AUGCGCAUUCCCACCAAAAUCGGUGCCAACCAGGAUUUCAUCCUCAAUAACCAACAUAUCCCCGAGGUCUCCAAAAUCAAACUACUUGGCGUGUAUAUUACUGCACGCCUCACGUGGAACACCCACAUCCAAUACAUUCGGGACAAGAGCAGAAAGCUCAUGAACAUCUUUAAAAUUUAUUGUAACAAAAAACACGGCGGCCAGCCAAAGGAUCUCUUGUGCAUCGCCGACAGCACUAUCGGCAGCUUACUCAUGUAUGUCGUCCCCAGCAUCGCCACAUUAACUAAAACCCAGAUGGCCACCCUAGAAUCCUUACAGAUGCAGUACGUUAAACUCAGCUAUGGUCUCCCUUCGACUGCUACCAACAUUAUUACUCGCAGAGCGACCAACACCACUACUAUUGCUUGCCGGUACAGGAAAUAUCAAAUAAAACACUAUAGUUCCUAUCUUCAGAAGGCUUCGCGGGACGACUUCUCUCGGAGGAUCAUUCAACUCAUUCACAGCAAUGACGGUGCCACCCUUGUGAAAAUCCCUAUAGCCCACUACAUCAGGAACUGGACUAACAGCCAUAACAUCCCCAUCGACAACCACACGACUCAAUACCCGAUACCCUCCGACGCCCCCGUCUUCGACAUACACAUUGAUGACCUUCCAUUCCAGGACUCCUCCCUACCGGACCCAGUGAUUCAAUCCACCUUUCUCGAGUGGGCAACAAUACAAGACCUCUCUACUUUCCUGGCCACCGACGGCUCCAAAACAGACACGACCGUCUCGGCAGCGUUUGUAGACCACUCCACCAACACCAAAGCUCAUUACACUCUACACCCCGAGGCCACUAUCUUCACGGCGGAGGGUUUCGCCAUCCUCAGCGCAUUACAACAUGCUACAGAGACUAAUAGUAACAUCACCUUGUGCACGGACUCCAAAGCUAUCCUCACCGCCACCAACGCCCAUCACGAUAAGUCUCCAUCCAUCAUUCACAACAUCAUUAGCCUCAUCAACAGACGUAAUAAAGGCAACCUACAGACGCGCCUCGUUUGGACUCCAGCCCAUAAAGGGAUAACCAUAAACGAACAAGCGGACAAACUUGCAAAGAGUCAGCCGUACGACACCAAGAAAACUCAUUACAUUACUCCGGAGGAUUACAUCAGCAUUAUAAACACCGAAAACAAACAGCAAAUGGACAACGAAUGGUACAACUUUCCCAACCACACAGACUACCAAUGGCUCACCACCGGCAAGCACAUCCCCGUCAUGGACUAUACGGAUCGUUACACCACCAUCCUGAUACAUCGCGCCAGGACUAAUUCCCUCAUCACUAACUCCUUCCUCCAUAAACGUAACCUGAAAAAUUCUGAUCGCUGCACCUUCUGCCCGACAGAACAGGAUACGACGAUACAUCGGUUGGAUAACUGUCAUCGAUUCGAACCCGUCAGGAAAAAAAUUCUAGACAAUAACAAUAUCGCACGUCACAAAAUCUUCAAGAUAAGCGAUUGCCUUAAAUUCACGCCCAUCGAGAUUUGUAUACAAAGUUUGAUCACCUUUUUCACCGUUUACAAGCAAAUCCAUAAUUACUGA